AUGCUCGCUCGUCGCUCUCUCACGGCGGCAGUUACGGCUGCGUCGGCGCAGCCGCUCCUGCAACAGCAGCGCUACGACCACGACCGCUGGUACGGCCACGCAUUGGAGCUUGACAGUCACAACUACAAGUUUACUGGUGAGCCCCCAAGUUGGAUGCGGCCGCGCGAGCGCACCGAGGAGGAGACGGCGUUUGCCAAAUCUGUCUUGCCUCAUGUCGACUUUGCGAGCAGCUACGAGUGCCUGUUGUUUGACGCGGACCGUCUGAAUGGGCACCUGAACCGCAAGGAGUUUGGCAAUGAGGUUCGAUUCCGUCUGGAGAAGCAGUCGAACACAGUGGCGCGUGCACAGCAGCUGCUGAAGGAUAAGAAAGAGAGCCGAGAUGAGCGUGUGGAGAACACGAUGAUUGCCCGCAUUUUUGACGAGGAACACGUGCAGGCGGAGAUGAAGUACGUAAAGUGUAUUCGCGCCAACGAGCUGGCGGAGGACAACCGUCUCGACAUCCUCCCUGGUGGCUCCCCCAAUUCCCUGCGUGAGAAGACGCGUUGGAACGUCAACACCGAGCUGCACCCCGCGGACCGCGCGGAGAUCGGCGCCCGUCUUACGGCCUGGCUGCCGGAGAAGUACCACAUUCUGUACUUUGACGACUUUCAGACGGUGGCCGCGAAUGAUCCGACGGCGCGGCGCGAGAUGCUCAGCAUUGUGCAGAAUGUGGAGCGUGAGUACGCGCCAGAGGCCAAGACCACCGGCUACGAGGCCGACCUGAAGGAGGUGGUGCAGGAGCUUAUGGACGACGUGGACCCGUCACGCCACAUCACCCCCGCUGCGAUCAAAGACUGCACAGACCUCAACCAACUGGAGGAGUGGUCCCGGGUGGUGCACGAGUACAACGGGGACGACCGCAUGCUCGCCAUCUACGCCCGCGCCGCCGAGCUCACGAAGAACACAGAUCAUCAAAACCUCGUUAAGAACAUGCAAGAGUGGCGCAAGCUGGCGAACAAGGUGUAG